CUUUAGAAUCUCAAGCUCCCGCUUCUCUUCGUUUCUCUGCAAAAAUCUCUCGUCGACGGUAAUUAUCCAAUCGGACAGAAAUUUCCGGCCGUUUUUGAACAGAGAGGGAUUUGGUUGGGUACUCCAUUUAUUGAUUUUUCAUUACCAGCUUGUUUAAUCAGGAAUAGAAAUGUUAGGCAUUACACCAAUAUUGCCCCUUCCGGCACCCCCGUUGGAUGGGAAUCUGGGACCAACACCUCUAGCUCAGGUGGUAGAGGAACCAAAUGAUGUUAAGAUGGAAGAGAAUGAAGAGGAAAACAAUAAGGACAAGGUUCCAACAUCUGUUGCAACACAUACGAGAACUAUUGGUAUUAUUUAUCCCCCUCCAGAUAUUAGGAGUAUUGUUGACAAGACUUCGCAGUUUGUGGCAAAGAAUGGUCCGGAAUUUGAGAAGAGGAUUGUUCUAAAUAACGCUGGCAAUGCAAAAUUCAACUUCCUGAAUGCUUCUGAUCCUUACCAUGCCUAUUAUCAGCACCGUUUGGCUGAAGCUCGCGCACAUAAUCAGGGUUCUGGAGAGCAGCCAGAAGACAAAGAAGGAACCCCUGCUCCUUCUACCGCUGAUGGUGCUGAGGCAACUGCAAAACCUGACCCGUCAGCUCAAUUUAGACCUGUCAGAAAGGUUCUUGAGCCACCUGAGGCAGAGCAAUAUACUGUUCGACUCCCUGAAGGGAUCACAGGUGAAGAAAUGGAUAUCAUAAAGCUUACAUCACAAUUUGUGGCCAGAAAUGGGAAGUCUUUCUUAACAGGGUUGACAAGCAGAGAGAUGAAUAAUCCCCAAUUUCAUUUUCUAAAGCCUACUCACAGCAUGUUCAUGUUUUUCACUUCACUUGCGGAUGCGUAUUCAAAAGUUCUGAUGCCUCCUAAAGGCUUGACGAAUAAGCUGCAGAAGAGUGCUGCUGACAUGACAACAGUCCUAGAGCGUUGUCUGCAUCGGUUGGAAUGGGAAAGAUCACAGGAGCAGGCUAGACAGAAAGCUGAAGAUGAGAUAGAACAGGAGAGGGUGCAGAUGGCUAUGAUUGAUUGGCAUGAUUUUGUUGUUGUUGAGACGAUAGAUUUUGCUGAUGAUGAGGAUCAGGAUUUACCUCCACCUAUGACCCUUGAGGAGGUUAUAAGGAGGAGCAAGAUGCCUACAUUGGAGGAAGAGGAAUAUGUUGAGCCUGGAAAGGAGGUGGAAAUGGAGAUGGAUGAAGAAGAGGUGCAGCUAGUUGAAGAAGGUAUGCGAGCUGCGACUCUUGAAGGGAAUGGUGGUGUCAAGAGUGCUGAAACAAUGGCAAUUUCCGAAGAAAAUGAUCCACCAAUGCGGAUUGUGAAGAACUGGAAGAGGCCUGAAGAGAGAAUCCCGGCAGAAAGGGACCCAACUAAGUAUGUUGUCUCUCCUAUAACUGGUGAGUUAAUACCUAUUAGUGAGAUGUCUGAACAUAUGAGGAUCUCUCUCAUUGAUCCGAAGUACAAGGAACAGAAGGACAGGAUGUUUGCGAAGAUUAAGGAAACGACUCUUGCGCAAGAUGAUGAGAUCUCUAGGAACAUUGUUGGGCUUGCACGAACUCGUCCAGAUAUAUUUGGUACUACAGAAGAAGAAGUUUCAAAUGCGGUCAAGGCUGAGAUUGAGAAAAAAAUAGAAGAGCCGAAGCAGGUCAUAUGGGAUGGUCACACAGGUAGCAUUGGCCGCACUGCAAGCCAGGCAAUGUCUCAGAACAAUGCAGAGGAUCAGAAUGAUGCUGCAAAUGAUGUAAGAAACCUUCCUGGUCCACAGGCUCCUCCACCUCCCAGACCCGGUCUUCCUUCUGUUAGGCCACUACCUCCACCUCCUGGGCUUGCGCUGAAUAUUCCUAGGCCUCCUAAUACAUUCCAGUAUUCCACACCAACCAUUGCUGGUGCUGCUCCGCCUCCACCUCAACCUCCUAUGGUUAACAUGAUUCCUCAGGUUCGGCCCCCACCUCCUCCCAUGCUACAACUACAAGGUCAGCAAAACCUCAUGGUCAAUCGUCCCCCAAUGCCUCCAUCAAUGGCUAUGAGUUCGCAUACCCUUCCUAUUCCACCACCUCCUGGAUCACAGUUUACACCUAUGGGAGCACCUCGGCCCUUUGUUCCCCACCCGAUGUCCCAGCCCGGAAUGUCUAUGGUCCCGCCUCCUCCUAUGCCCCAAGGAAUGCCGCCACCUCCUCCACCAGAAGAAGCUCCUCCUCUCCCUGAAGAGCCGGAGCCGAAGAGGCAAAAGCUUGAUGAGUCUGUUCUCAUUCCUGAAGACCAGUUUUUGGCUCAGCAUUCGGGACCUGCAAGGAUCAAUGUAUCUGUGCCGAAUACCGAUGAAGGGAAUCUCAAAGGACAAGUUCUGGAAAUCACUGUGCUAUCUCUGUCUGAAACCAUUGCCAGUCUGAAAGAGAAGAUAUCUGGGGAGAUCCAGCUUCCUGCGAACAAACAAAAGCUGAGUGGAAAGGCUGGUUUUCUCAAGGACAACUUGUCUCUUGCAUACUAUAAUGUUGCUUCUGGAGAAACAUUCAGUCUCUCUCUGAGAGAACGUGGUGGGAGAAAGAGAUGAAUGAGGAGUUAUUUGACAUGGCUUUCAAAGGUUUAUUUUGCAACUAUUCGGCAUCCUAAUCCUUGUUAUGAAUUUAAAGAAUUCUCCAUUCUUCUUUCAUGUUAUUUUGGAGAUUAUAUUGGUCUUGUACUUCUAGAUUUUCUUUCUGCAAUUUAAUCAACUUUAUCUUUCAAGCUGAUGGUUGUGGGUAUCUACUACAGAUUUUGGCAUGUUGGUGAUUAUCCAUGACGACAACAGGAAGUACUAGUUCUAUUCCUAUAAGAUGCAACGACUGUGGGUUAUGUUUAUGUUACUAAUUUGUGCGUCUUAACAUGUGCAGUUGCUCCACCCUCUAACUAGAGCUCAGUUGUUAUUUUGUUGUAUCUUUUGAGUCCAAGGCCAUUUUGGGAUUAGAACUUUUCUGAUGUCUUCUUGGCAAACAUUCCUUACAAUUUUAGAGGCUUUCCUUGGCAAUUAAUAUUUCAAACUCUUCUGUGGAUUUAGGACCUAUUUCUGUAGAAGAUGUGUGUGUCGUGAUUUGGAGAUGCUUGUCCCAAGCACGCCUGCCUCUUAUGUGCUUUACCCCUGUUAGAGGCUGUGAUGUAUGAUGUAUUGGUCAGUUGUGUUGUGAGGUUCUAUCUUGGUAGUAAAAGCAGUUUGUCCGGGCUUUUGGAGGAGGUUGCAGAUUGAUGAUUAUGUUCUGGCAGAUAAUUAAUGUGCCGCCAGUAGUUUUAAUUUGUUAAUGAUUCUUAAGGGAAUCGGUUUGGUAGCUUAUAUAUGCUUGUGCUUUUGUCCUGUUUGUAGCUUGAUCCACCCCAUUUUUAUGGGGUCCAAUUAUCUUAACUGCACUUUCAACUGAUGAUGACAGUACUAGUGACAUUUUACAGCUAGGAAUGUGAUCGACAUACUUUAAAGAAGCUGCUUUCUAUGGGA